AUGAAGUUUUUAUCAAACCUGGUCAUUUUUUUGGUACUUAUCAUUGUUAUUGCCCAAGCAACCCCCCUUAAGAGAGAAAAAAAAUUAGGACCCGAAGUAUCAAUCUUGGGAGUGAGAUUUAAGGAUCUUUAUGCUGGACUCACCUCUACAAUUAAGAGUACAAAUUCCGUAUUCGACAAAUUAAUCCCAAGUUUUAAUGAAGCUGUUAAAGACGCCGCAAAAAAAGAUGGUACUAGUAAAGAAACCGAAAAAUGGUUAUUGGGUUGGAAUGAUAAAUAUGAGAGUCUUGUGCAUGAAGUAAAAAAGAACACAGAAGCUUUGGAAAAGUCGAUCGCUAACCUUGGCAAAGCAUUACAAAACUAA